AGCAAAGAAGAAGAGAAGAAGGAACCCUUGCGUGCUCAUCACUUUUACCCGUUCUUCGACAACGGUCCUCAGUACGUGCGCGUAGUCGGGUGAGUUUACAAAUGCAAUACUAUUGAAGAAGAAGAAUUCACGUGCCAGAUAUAUUAUUCAAUAUGAACGCUAUUCGGAUUUUGGCGACUGUCACGCUGUUAGCCUGUGCUGCUAAUGGUCAGAAAAGACCACCAAACUAUCAACAAAAUGAAAUGCCAGUAACUAGUUUUAGUUGCAAAGACAAAAUUGUAGGAGGAUAUUAUUCAGAUCCCGAAACUGAUUGUCAAAUGUUCCACGUUUGUGUUAAUGUUGUUGGUUUUGGAGUUCAAGAUUUUAGAUUUUUGUGUCCAAAUAAUACGGCGUUUGAUCAAGAAAAUCAGAUUUGUGAUGAUUGGUAUAACAUAGACUGUGAAGCAGCUACACUUUACUACAGUGACAAUUUUGAUUUAUAUAGACUAGGUUCUGGAAACCCAAAUCCAACUGCUAAAGUUACACCUAUACCACUUGGUCCAUCAAGUGUUGCACCAAAAACUCAGAACCAGCCCAAAAAUAGAAAACCACUAAUUUCUUCUCCAAUUAAUAAUGCAGUAUCAGAACAUGAUGAUGAUUAUUAUUUACAAAGAAGUGAUUUAACAGAUAGCAAACUGCAACACGACUUGUUACGAGGUAGUAGUUCCGGUAAUUUUUAUAGCAAUAAAAACCAUGGACUUGAAGAUGACUACGAUGAUGCUAAAGUAAUAUCUUCAAAGAAUGACGUAAAAAAGACACAAAAAACAAGAAAACAAUUAACAGGAAGAAAACCAGUACAGACUUCUACCAUAUCAUCCACCACAAGUGCUCCAUCAAGUACAACAACUUUGAAAGAACCAACUUACAGACCAACUACAUACAGGAGCAAAGAUCGUGGCCGUGUUAAUUACAAGACUUACUUAGAUAAACAAGCAAAAGAUGAAGAAUAUGAUUAUAAAAAAAUAAAACCUGUUUUCUCCUCAACUUUUGCACCAGUUAGCAGUACAUACCAGCCAACUCAAUUUAAUAUAAAUGCUUACACACAAGCACCUCAAAUAAACAAUAAUUUAAAUCAAGCUAAAAAUAUUGAAAACCAACAAAUUUUAUCCAAUGUUAACGACUUCCAAUCAGCAAAAGUCAACACACAAGCACCAAAAAAUAAUUUCCAGCAAAAUACUUACUUUAAUAAUGUUCAAAUGAGUACUCCUUCUCAAUUCCAAUAUUAUCAACAAAGAAACAAUGCAAAUCAAGAUUUCCAAAACACCAAUAAUCAAAAUCAAAGAUUUAAUUAUAACACAAAUCAAGGAUUUUCUACAACGAAUCAACCUUUUUCAACGACAAAUAAUAUUAACCAAGGAAUAUCACAAAAUGAUUUUAAUCAAGGCUUCCAACCAAAUAACAAUAUCAAUCAAAAUUUCCAAUUUAAUAAAGUUGCUUUAGCUCAAACUUCUACUCAAUAUCCAACCACCAAUGCAUAUCAAACAAACACUUUCCAGAGCAAUCAAUCACCAAGUUCAACAUUAAGGUACAACCAGCCAUCGGCUCCAAGUGUUUAUCAACAGCCACCAGUAGUUAAUUUCUUCCAACCUUCAACACAGUUCAACACUAACACAUAUCAACCAUCAUCAGCUUCUACGCAAUUACCGUCAACAACCGAACAUUUUUCUAAAGAUUUUAAAGCUAAAUUUAAUCCAUACAAUAGCUAUCAACGAUCAAAUGAAGAACCCGGUGAAACGUUAAAAACAGCACAUAGUACAAAUUUAAGACCUAGUGAAUUGAACGCAUUAAUUCAGCCAAAAACAAAAAUAAUUAAUGCUACACUAUCAGUGGGAUAUAAUUUUAACAAACUUGAUGGCGGAGUAGCUAAAUCAACAGUUUUCGUAACAACUCCAACUACACAAAAACCAAGACCUUUUUCAGUCACGACACCAAUUUCAAGUACGACUACCACAACUACAACUAAAAUUAGUGUUCCAUUAUCAAAAGACAAUAAAGACUCAAAAGAUUCAUCAUACGACUAUGCCUACUACGACGAAAGCAAUCACAAUGAAUACGAAGAUGCCGUUGGCGAAGACUUUGCUAGAACUAAGACACUAAAAAAAAAAGUUUAAAUAUUAAGUCAUAACCAUAAUAUAAUAUAAGUUGUUGUAAAUAAAUUAUAGUUUUUUUAUA